UCAAUUUGGAAGGUUUUUUCCUUUUCAUAAUCCACUCUUAAGGAAAUAUAGUUAACCAAAUUAUUCAAUCCACGACAACCAAGUUUCUAUGGGCGUCUUGAUUUGAGCUGCGAUUCGCUUCAGAUCCCCAGCGCCAUUGACUUCGUACCCCGAUUCGAUUCUAUUCGAUUCGCUUCUUCUGCCCGGAAUUCUUAUCCAGUCCAUAGAUUCCAUACAUGUUGCCCCGCAGGUCUUUCACAUGGAUUCUUCUGCUUUUCAUCAUCUUCUCCGCUCUCUUCAAUCCUUCCAGCUCCAACAACUACUGGACUGCCAAGCGAAUGCGUAUGAGGGAAAAGGUCCGCCGGAUGUUUUACCAUGCAUAUGACAACUAUAUGACAUAUGCAUUUCCACAUGAUGAGCUAAAACCUCUUACGAAGACCUUCACCAACUCCCUCAGUGAGCUCGGUAAUCUUAAGCUGGAACACUUACCACAAAAUUAUAAUGGCUCUGCUCUUACACUCAUCGAAUCAUUGUCUAGCCUUGUAAUUUUAGGCAACAACACUGAAUUUCAAAAGGCGGUGCUUUGGCUUUCUGAAAAUUUACGUUUUGAUGUUGAUGCACGGAUAAAUCUAUUUGAGUGCAACAUAAGAGUUCUUGGAGGACUUGUUUCUGCCCAUGUUCUUGCAACUGAUUCCACGAACCGAUUGCCUAGACAAAGUUAUAAGAAUCAACUACUAGUUUUGGCCGAAGACUUAGGGAACCGCUUCCUACCUGCAUUUAAUACCCCCACAGGGUUGCCAUAUGCGUGGAUUAACCUCAAGCAUGGAGUGAUGGAGAAUGAGACUACUGAAACAAGUUCUUCCGGGUGUGGUUCUUUAAUUCUCGAAAUGGGAGCAUUAUCGCGAUUGACUGGUGACCCCAGGUUUGAAUCUGCUGCUUUGCGUGCUCUUCGUAAGUUGUGGAGCAUGCGCAGUUCAUUGAAUUUACUUGGAACUACAUUGGAUGUGGAAACAGGUGAAUGGAUUGAGUUCUCAUCUGGAAUUGGUGCUGGGGUUGAUUCAUUCUAUGAAUAUCUAUUUAAGGCUCAUGUACUUUUUGGAAAAGAAGAAUUCUGGAGAAUGUUCCACAGUGCUUACCUUGCUGUGCAGAAAUAUUUCAGACAUGGCCCAUGGUAUCAUGAGGCCGAUAUGAGGACAGGGAGGGCAACCCAUUGGCAGCUUACAAGCCUUCAAGCAUUUUGGCCUGGCCUACAGGUUCUUGUUGGGGAUAUUCCGGCAGCUAAUUCAUCACACCGUGAGUUCUUUCAUGUGUGGGAGAAAUAUGGAGUUCUACCGGAAAGGUAUUUACUUGACUAUCAGAUGCUGCAUCCCACUGAAAAGUAUUAUCCUCUCCGUCCAGAAUUGGCAGAGUCAACUUUUUACUUAUAUCAAGCAACCAAAGAUCCAUGGUACUUCGAAGUGGGUGAAUCAAUCAUGAAGUCUCUUAUCUUGUACACCAAAGUUGAAGGAGGAUUUGCAAGUGUUAGAGAUGUUACAACUAUGCAGUUGGAAGAUCAUCAACAUAGUUUUUUCCUCUCUGAAACGUGCAAAUAUUUAUAUCUUUUAUUUGACGACUCGUUUCUGGUCGAUCAAAAUUACAUCUUCACCACCGAGGGUCACCCCCUGCCAGUCCUAAGUUCUUGGCAUGAACGACUGCCAGAGGUGUAUGGCCUGACCAACGGGACAUCUAUCAAGGGUGAAAAUUCAUCAAGAAGGUCUAGUGCAAUGUCUCUUCAAGUCUGCCCAGCUACCUCACUAAACACAGCUGGAGAUGGUGACCAACAACUAGAGAGUGCUUGCCAUAUCCUUGAUGCUCGAGCAGAUCAUAAAUGUUUCAGCGAUGAAGAAUGUGGAGUCGAUUCGACUACUUGCAGACGGCGAUCGUGUAGCUCAUCUGGUUAUUGUGGUCAUUGGUUGCGCUUAUAACACAGAAGGUAAUUAUUUUCAAUAAGAUUCCAAACUUGGUUCGUCUUGCACCAACGACGACAUCGAGCCGAAAAUGAACUUUGUAAGUAGUUGUUAAGUCCACACGAGAUAACUCUUUUUCACCCCCAAAAAAGAAAAAUUCUUGAAUGUAGCUACUACAAAACAAUAUAGAUAUUAUUAUCUUAGUUGUUAGAUGCAGGGAUAGUCUAAAGUUGAAUUUUUAGCGGGAGGGGAUAUGAACAUCACGUUGUUCGUUGACUUGUAUGAAUGGCUUACGUGAUUGGAACUAAAAGCCUUGGUUUAGAGCCGGGGGUAAUUAUGUCAUUCUAAGCCUGAGAGUCGUGGCUUGAAAGUACAAAGGAAGAUUCGUGGAAAUGAGGCUGUCAACUUUAGUUGAGAUUCACGCUCCUUUUUACAUCUUUGCCCCCAUGUACCA